UGGUGAGGCGAGUGGUGAGGCAAGUGGUGAGGCGAGUGGUGAGGGGAGUGGUGAGGCGAGUGGUGAGGCAAGUGGUGAGGGGAGUGGUGAGGCGAGCCGGGCGGGGAGGAGGUGGAGGAGGAUGCGCCUGUCGCCACGUCUCACCGCGGACAUCAUGUCCGACUUCCCCGCUCUCGACCCCGAUUUCUCGCGUCUCAUGGAGUUUCACGGGGACCAGCAGCAGGGCGUGGGGUCCCCUCACGGUGUGCAUGGGCCCUCGGACUCCGUGGGGCCCGGGGGCCCCGGGGCGGGCGUGCUAGUGAGCGGCGUGGUGGCCACGUGCGCCAUCUGCGGAGACCGCGCCACCGGGAAGCACUACGGCGCCUCCAGCUGCGACGGCUGCAAGGGGUUCUUCCGGCGCAGCGUGCGCAAGAACCACAUCUACACCUGCAGGUUCAAUCGGCAGUGCGUGGUGGACAAGGACAAACGCAACCAGUGCCGCUACUGCCGCCUGCGCAAGUGCUUCCGUGCGGGGAUGAAGAAGGAGGCAGCCGUGCAGAAUGAGAGAGAUCGGAUCGCCCUGCGGAGACCGAGCUAUGAGGAGGUGGGGUCGCUCUCAAUCAGCAGCCUCGUGCAGGCUGAGGCCCUCUCCAGACAGAUCACGGGGGCCAGGGAAGUGGGGGGCUCGGGGGACGGCGGGGGGCCCGUGCGCAAGCUGGCCGGGGUGCAGGACGUGUGCGAGUCGAUGAAGCAGCAGCUGCUGGUGCUGGUCGAGUGGGCCAAGUACAUCCCGGCCUUCUGCGACCUGCCCCUAGACGACCAGGUGUCUCUGCUGAGAGCUCACGCUGGCGAGCACCUCCUUCUUGGGGUCUCCAAGCGCUCCCUGCCCUACAAGGAGCUGCUGCUGCUCGGCUCCGAGUCGGUGAUUCCCAGGAACUGCCCCGAGCAGGAGCUGUGCCGCGUCUCGAACCGCGUUCUGGACGAGCUCGUGCGACCUUUCCGUGACCUCCAACUCGACGACGCGGAGUUCGCGUGCCUCAAGGCCAUCGUCUUCUUUGAUCCAGAUGCGAAGGGAUUGAGCGACGCUGCUCGAAUCAAAGCGAUGCGCUUCCACGUGCAGGUGCUGCUGGAGGACUACGUGACCGACCGCCAGUACGAGAGCCGCGGACGAUUCGGCGAGCUGCUGCUGCUGCUGCCGGCGCUGCAGAGCAUCACGUGGCAGCUCGUCGAGCAGGUCCACCUCCUCCGCCUCUUCGGCGUCGCCAAGGUGGACAACCUUCUGCAGGAGAUGCUGCUCGGAGGAGUGACGGCCGACGCUGCACCCGCCGGCCAGGCGCCCGCUCACCCCGCUCACCCCGCUCACCCCCAGCUCCUGCCCCACCUGCCUCACCUGCCUCACCUGCCCGCUCACCCCCCUCACCAGCAGCAGCAGCAGCCGCCGCCCCCUUCCCGCUCCCCAGACCCCCCGCAUCACUUCCUGGGCAACUCUGGCAGUGGGCACCCGGUCAUCAUCAGCAACCCCAUGGCGACGCAGCACACCAUGCAGCACACCGCUCACCUGUCCACCCCGGACACGCCGCUCCCGUCUCCUCCCGGGAGCUCCCCCCCUGGGGGUCCCGAUCCCUACAAGAUGAGGGGGGGGGCCCUGCCCCACGAGGGUCGCCCACCCUCCCCAUCCCACACAUCCCACACAGUGCUCACCAAGCGGGAGACUCAGUGACUCUGCACAACAGGAGCACACCUGCUGUACACGCCGGCAGUAGCACACCUGUACACACCUGCAGAAACAGUGGCACACCUGUACACACCUGUAAUGACACACCUGUAAUGACACACCUGUACACAACUGUAAUGACACACCUGUACAUACCUGUACACGCCUGCAGCACACCUGUACACACCUGCAGGAGCACACCUGUACACACCUGCAGGAGCACACCUGUACACGCCAGCAGUAGCACACCUGUACACGCCUGCAGAAACAGUGGCACACCUGUACACACCUGUAAUGACACACCUGUAAUGACACACCUGUACAUACCUGUGCACACCUGCAGGAGCAUGCCUGUACACGCCUGCAAAAACAGUGGCACACCUGUACACACCUGUAAUGACACACCUGUAAUGACACACCUGUACAUACCUGUGCACACCUGCAGGAGCACACCUGUACACACCUGCAGAAACAGUGGCACACCUGUACACACCUGUAAUGACACACCUGUACAUACCUGUACACGCCUGCAGCACACCUGUACACACCUGCAGGAGCACACCUGUACACACCUGCAGGAGCACACCUGUACACGCCUGCAGUAGCACACUUGUACACACCUGCAGAAACAGUGGCACACCUGUACACACCUGUAAUGACACACCUGUACAUACCUGUACACACCUGCAGCACACCUGUACACACCUGCAGGAGCACACCUGUACACACCUGCAGGAGCACACCUGUACACGCCUGCAGUAGCACACCUGUACACACCUGCAGAAACAGUGGCACACCUGUACACACCUGUAAUGACACACCUGUACAUACCUGUACACACCUGCAGCACACCUGUACACACCUGCAGGAGCACACCUGUACACACCUGCAGGAGCACACCUGUACACGCCUGCAGUAGCACACCUGUACACACCUGCAGAAACAGUGGCACACCUGUACACACCUGUAAUGACACACCUGUACAUACCUGUACACACCUGCAGUAGCAGUGGCACACCAGCUAAACACGCCGGCAGUACCAGUGGCACACCUUAACACACCUGCAUGAGUAGUGGCACUCCCGUACACACCUGCAGUAGCAAACCUGCACACACCUAUAAUAGCACACCUGUACACACCUGUACAACCUGCAGAAGCACACCUGUACACACCUGUAAUAGCACACCUGUACUCACCUAUACACACCUUCAGGAACAGUGGCACACCUGUACACACCUGCAGUAGCACACCUGUACACACCUGCAGUAGCACACCUGUACACACCUGUACAGGAAUCCCCCGCUCUACAUAAGGGUUGUGUUCCUGAGAAAUGCUACUUAACUCGAAAUAACUUAAAAGCGAACUACUCUAAAUUCCCAUAAACAUGUUAAAGUAAGGGGUUGAGUUCCUAACCGACAUUUCAGGAAUAAAAUGCGUGACUAAAUGUCGUGAAGUUUAUUUAAAAAGAAACCCAUCAGGUAGCAUGGAUUUUAACGAAUAAAAAAUACAAAUAAUUCGAUAAAACUUACCAGAGAUGGUAAAGCAAAGCUUAUUGAUCGACGACUGUGGAGUUAUGCAGACGAAGGCCACGCAUUCUCGCAAAUAUCGACAGCCUUUUCACAUGCUUUAUAACGACUUGAAACUUCUGAUUUAUCGUUGAGAUUCUUUACCUUUCGCCUUUUCUUGCCAGAGGCGCUAACAUAAUUUUCCGUGCAUUUAGCACUCACCUUUCUAAGGCCUUUGUACUGUAAAAAAAACUCACCGAACGCGACAUUUCUACCUAACCACGUGCGCUGCGAUCACACAAGAUGGCGGUCUGGCAGACAAGGAGGCGGAUCACGUGACGGAACGAUAUUCGGUGGUACGCGAAUAUUCGCCCAACGUGCGGCAUUACAUCGCAACAUAGUCCGUGUGCGUUCCGAGUUAAAAAAAAUGUUGGAAACAUUUUUGGCGCAAAUAUAUAUUUUUUCGAUCCAUAAUAGAGGUUUUCUUUGGGUUAGGUUGCGUGAAUAUAAAUGUGUCGUUAAACCCGCCACCAUCCAACACAGCCAAUUAGUAAUGUUUGUGAUGUAAACAGAACGUGGCCGAUUCGUUACUAGUACAGCAACACCGGUGUGUUAGAGAGCAAAUCCACAACAUUUACAUAAUAUGACUUUGAAACCCCCCGCACACCUCCUACGCAUUUCACAAGUAGUACUAAUCACAUACCUGCAUUUCCCAUAAAUAUGCUAAAUUCAUCUUGAUAUGCAAAUUAUUUUGUCAAGGCGCCCUUCCCCCCUUCCAACCCAGCUUAAAUAGUCGCUCCAAGCGUGGUGGUGUUUCAUUCAGACGCUGUCUCCCCGACAGACCUGUUCUUCACCUGAGGACGGCUGCUUGCGUUGUGGCCGAAACGUCGUGAGAAUUAUUUAUUAUGUUUUAUUUUUAUUAUUUUAUUACUUCCCUUCUACGUGACUUUACCGAAAGAACCAAGAAGAUUUACAAUCUAAGUACGACGUUUCGCCGGUAAUUACAACCGGCAUCAUCAGGCGGCAGCCAGACUUGUAGAGAAAUCCUCCUGCUUCGUUCCUUAAAUAGAGGGAUACUAAUUGGCUGUGUCGGGUGGUGGCGGGUUUUAACGACACACAUGUAUAUAUUUACGCGAUCUAACAAAAAAAAUUAACCUCUAUAAUGGAUGAUAUCGGUCGCGAAAGCCUACGUGUUGAUAUACAUUUUUUAAACAACGCAUAUGCGAAACAUUACACUUAAACGGAAAUAUGUUCCCUUAUUAAUCGGCAAUGUAUUUGCAAAACAACGCACGUGGAACCUUAUCGCGGGGGAUUCUUGUACACACCUACAUUUGCUGCGGCACACCUGUACACACCUGCAGCAGUCCACCAGUACACACCUGUGGACAGUAGCCUCACACCUCUACACACCUGCAGCAGUGCACCAGCACACACCUGUGGACAGUAGCCUCACACCUGUACACACCUGCAGCAGUGCACCAGCACACACCUGUGGACAGUAGCCUCACACUUGUACACACCUGCAGCAGUGCACCAGCACACACCUGUGGACAGUAGCCUCACACCUCUACACACCUGCAGCAGUGCACCAGCACACACCUGUGGACAGUAGCCUCACACCUGUACACACCUGCAGCAGUGCACCAGUACACACCUGUGGACAGUAGCCUCACACCUGUACACACCUGCAGCAGUGCACCAGCACACACCUGUGGACAGUAGCCUCACACUUGUACACACCUGCAGCAGUGCACCAGCACACACCUGUGGACAGUAGCCUCACAUCUGUACACACCUGCAGCAGUGCACCAGUACACAACUGUGGACGGUAGCCUCACACCUGUACACACCUGCAGCAGUAGACCAGUACACACCUGUGGACAGUAGCCUCACACCUGUACGCACCUGCAGCAGUGCACCAGUACACACCUGUGGACAGUAGCCUCACAUCUGUACACACCUGCAGCAGUGCACCAGUACACACCUGUGGACGGUAGCCUCACACCUGUACGCACCUGCAGCAGUGCACCAGUACACACCUGUGGACAGUAGCCUCACACCUGUACACACAAGGAGUUGCAGCACACCUGUGCAAGACAAAGAUAAAGAUCCCCCGUGUAGCCUCAACACACUGUUGUGGCAAGUGCUGUCAGCGAGUAGUGCCUACGAAGGACAGCACGGUACACGAGGGGUGGGGGGUGGGGGGCAGCACCACGCCCGACCGCCUUUGUCUCCCCCAGUGGCGAUGUUUACGCACCUCACCAGGUACUCAUUGAGGCUGAGUCGACUUAGGGGGAGGCCCAGGACCGGUUCAGAUAACCGUCACUGGUGUUGGCCGUGAGCGGGAACCGAACUCGGGCAGCCGGGGUCCGUAGCGCGGCGCGCUAACCGCUGCGCCACCGCUCCCCCGUGCACACCUGUGCAACACCUGGCACCUACGCCGCUGAUGUGCCCUACAGGUGUGGGAGAUCACCUGUACAAACCUCACCUGGGGGCAUUGGUGGUGCCACGGGGAAGGCUGUGGUGGG